AUGAGUCGCCCUCUCCUCCACGAAAAGGCCGCUUCCUCAGCGGCAGAGCAUCUGCUCGGCUCGACAGGAGGUCCCCGGCUCGAUCCCCGGCCUCUCCCCUGCCCAAGGGGCAGGCAGGGAUGCGAGAAACCUCCCGGGGCAGCCAGCCCCUGCCGGUCAGCGGGAAGCUCCGGGCGCCUCCCCCGCGGCGGAGGAGGCUUGAGCCUGGCCGGCCGGCCGUCCGUCCAGCCUGCGGGUCGCCUCGCCCCGGCCCGCGCCGGGCUCCCAGCCGCCGCGUGGCCGCUGUCCCCGGGGAAGGCGAGGCGAGGCGCGGCGCGCCCUGGGAGGGAGGCAGGGAGGCAGGGAGGGCGGGGGCGUGUCCGCCGGGGCCAGGCAUAUGUGGGCGCCGCGGCGGGCAGGCCGGGCAGGCAGGCAGGUGUCUCGCCGGGGAAGCAGCCGCCGCCGAUGGCUCUCGCCGAGGGGCCCCGCUCGUACAGCCGCGCCGAGCUGCGCCAGCGCCUGGCCCAGGGCGCCUGCCUGGUGCUCCGCGGCCGCCGCCUCUACGACCUGAGCGCCUUCGUGCGCCUCCACCCGGGCGGCGAGGAGCUGCUCCGCCAGCGGGCCGGCCGCGACGUCGGCGCCGCCCUCGACGGGCCCCCGCACCGCCACUCCGACAACGCGCGCCGAUGGCUCGAGCAGUACUACCUGGGGGAGCUGCGCCACGCCGAGCCCCGCCACCCCGAGGAGGAGGAGGAGGAGGAGGCGGAGGAGGGGGCCCCAGCCGCCCAGGCAGCUUCUAUUAUAAAACAAACAAACACAAAAUCAAUAUUUAAAACAUAUGAACCAGAAACUGACCUUGUGGACUGGCGCAAGCCAUUGCUCUGGCAGGUAGGCUACUUGGGAGAGAAGUACGAUGAGUGGGUACAUCAGCCUGUGGACCGACCCAUCCGCUUGUUCUACUCGGAUUUUAUGGAGUCCCUCUCCAAAACAUCAUGGUACAUGGUCAUAGCCAUCUGGAUUCCAGUUGUGAUCUACCUGAGCUGGUAUUGCUACACGUCUCUCGCCAAUGACGACGUCCGGCUUUUUUCUUCAACCAUACCAAAGUAUUCCAUCAGAAUCCACAAGUACUGUUUCCCAGCGAUCUUCAUUGCGGGGAUGGUUAUCUGGUCCUUCAUAGAAUACCUCAUCCACCGCUUCCUCUUCCACUUGAAGCCUCCUGCUAGCAACUAUUAUCUCAUCACCCUCCACUUCAUGCUUCAUGGCCAACAUCACAAGUCUCCAUUCGACGACUCGCGCCUAGUUUUCCCACCUGCACCAGCCUCCGUGGCCAUCUUUGGUUUGUACUGCCUCGCCAAUUUUGUAUUUCCUGAAGUAUUUGGCACAGCCAUUUUUGCUGGAGGGCUUUUUGGCUACGUUAUCUAUGACAUGACCCACUAUUACCUGCAUUACGGCUCUCCGAAACAAGGCACUUACAUGUACAGAUUGAAGGCCUACCAUGUCAAGCACCAUUUUGAACACCAGAGAGCAGGCUUUGGCAUCACCAGCAAAUUUUGGGAUUAUCCGUUCCAGACACUAAUCCCAGAGGAAAACUUUGAGAAAGAAGACUAGCAUCUGCCGCUCUUCUCCUGCGCGGU